AUGAAGAAUGUUUGUGCCACUGAUGCGAAGCAUUAUAAAGUUACUUUCAUAUUUCAUGAUAGAAUAUAUGUGUUAAAGUUGGGAGUUUUGGAUGAAGUUCAAAUAUUGGGAUCAUUGUUAGACUAUUUCGUAAUAGUCCUACCUCAACAUUAUCACUCGUUUGCUCAGUACGUAAAAGUUUUACGGCAAACCAACUCUGAAAAGCCACUGACUAGACUUUACAAGAAUUGGACUACUUACGAAAGCAUUUGGAAGCCUGGGAUUUUAUUAUUUUAUGCGAGUGAGCCCAAUGCUUAUACGUGUUAUAAUUCUCAUGACAUUAUUGAAGGAGUCACUUCGCUUUUUAUUCUUCUCGUUCGACUCGUCUUGUCUGACAUGAUUGGAAUAAAAGGAUUGUCGGAAAAGUGA